GCGAUGUUGCAUUAGGGGUGGGUGCAUAGUAUGUUCCUAGCGAUCGUCCGAGACCGCUGCUCAGCUGACAUGCCUUCCAUGUCUUUCUCCAUCGCGAGGUCAAUGACGUCAGACACAGAAAAUCUCCAUUGAAGGCUUUGCUUGGUCAGAGCGUCUAUGUCCGUAUAAACUUGGGAGAAGGCAAGAGAAGCGGCAUUAACGACUUGAACGACGGUUGCUCGGAAGUCGCGAUCUUUGAUGUGCUGGAACCGUCCGUUCUCGUCGGGUGCAAGCUUGAGUUCGGUGACUCGGGUUAUCAGCUUGAGCCUGCAGAGAGCGGCAAUGACCAAUGUUGGCGGCAGAAUGAGCUUGUCCCUAGUUGACGUCGGCGUUACUUCCUACCGUCAUCCUCAGCACCAGGAAAGAAUCACCAUGGUAUCUGGUGCCAUGUCGUACGAAUGUAGUCUUGGAUCUCGUCCUGAACAACCCGCUUCCCUGCGGAUGCGUCCUCAAAAAAUGCAAGCGUUUGGCCCGACAUGUUGUUCCGUUGAUUCAGCUCCGGGUGGAUGUGCAAUUUCAGGUUUAUCUUUGCGUAUUUAUAUUCAUGAAGCGUUCUCCCAGUGUGUAUGUGUUUUGGAUGUUGCGCAACCCUCCUGAUAGUCAAGGCACGACCCGCUGCUUGACGGGAGUAGCGUGAAGCCGAUGAUCAGGUCAAGGAACCUGCAAGCCACUCGGUGGUGACGAAUCACCGAUGUGUAUGUUCACCGUACGUGUACAAUUGCGGUCACGCUUUCCACAAAUAAACACUGCGAAUCCCACGCCUUCUCGCCAACAUUAUCCUACAUUAUCGCGGCCGGGCGGACAUUCGCCUGGAGCA